CGGUCUCAGAUUAGAGUCGGCCAUGCGCCUGCUUGCGCUGCUCAGCGCCGCCUUCCCGCUGCUCCUACCGUUGGCGACGAGCCAACGCUGCACCGCCGUCGAGUCAGCAGCACUGCAUGACACGCUCUCGACCGACGGCGCGUGGGCGUGCGCGAUGGACGCACUCGUGGCACUGAGCGAACCACUGACGCCGACCGACGUCGCAGCAGUCUGUGCAUCGCCGGCGUGCGUCGCCUACUUGCGAGAGACGCGACCGCUGCUCUCGACCUGCAGUAGCUGGCCCCGCGACGACGACGCCGCUUUGGCCACCAACCUCGCCGCCCUCGUCAACGCAUGCGCUGACACGGCGUGCAGCUCCGAACAGGACGCGCUCGUGCAGUCGCUGAUCGCCGAAGUGCGAAAUCCACACUGCGACGCCGCCAUGGAGGCCCUCGGACCACACAUGACAUCCGAAAGCUUCUGCACACUGCGACCUUGCACGCAAGCCCUCCGCGCCAUCCUUCCGCGCUUGCCACCGUGCGCCUUGCCGCCUACGGUUGCUGCCUUUGUGUCCUUGCUACACUCGUGCGACGCUGCCCCCCCUAACUUAUAAAUAUACAAGUAUGUAGUGUGAA